AUGGGAGAUGAUGUCAAGACAUCGGAAUAUGCUCUUGUUUGCAACUUGAAAGCAGAGGGAAAUCUAUCCCGGAACAUAUGCAACAUUGACUGCAAGUCAACCAGUACCAAGGAAGAAAGGCAGUCCAACCCUGAGCAGAAAUCCAUCUCCAGGUCUCCCGCAGGGCUUUGUAACCAUCCUGAGGAGGACGAUUUGGUUGAUCCCGCAGAAGUUGCGAGUGCAAGUGCUUCUUCUCGGAGUCCCCGAUCGGAGAACCAGAAACCAAAAAAGAGGCGUUCUUCUUCGGCCGAGGGCAAGAAUAAGAAAGUGAGGAAAGCCGCACCCGAGCCAGCCGCAACCACUGUUGUCCUAGUUGCUAUUCCGGGUACUAUGAGGCCGAGUACUAGGCUUCUUCCGCCUUCUGUUAGUGAGCAACCAACAAAUAACACUGCCUCUACCGCAGCUGCUUCUCAACCCAAAACACCAUCAGCUUCAUCUCUUUCCAGGCUGGUCGUACCUUCAUCACCAUCAACUGCUACAUCAUCCCCACCAGCCGCAGAAGCCUGA